GUGGCGUUGCCCGGGUCCCCGCAGCCGCCCGCGCAGGUUUGGACUCCAUUUGCUAAUGGGACAUAAGGCAGCACCCUCCACCCCACUGCGGUGACUUUCCUAGUGGGCCCGGUUGGCAGGCCUCACUGUUCAUCAAUGGAGCCCUUGGCAGGAACCGAGGAACAGUGGCAGUCAUGCCUCCCCCUGCCGCCACCACUCCUUCUGCCUCCUGCUAACUUGCAUGCUAUGGGUGCCCUGGAGACCCCCAGAGGACUGAUCAUCUGAGCCAGCUUCCUUCGAGCACCGAGUCCCUCACCAUGUGGCUGGAGUGGCUGGUGGCCUGGAGCUGGUCUCUGGAUGGCCUGAGGGACUGCAUUGCCACCGGUAUCCAGUCCGUGCGGGACUGCGACGGCACAGCUGUCGUCACUGUGGCCUGCCUGCUUGUCCUGUUUGUGUGGUACUGUUACCACGUGGGCCGAGAGCAGCCCCGCCCCCACGUGUCCGUCAACUCCCUCCUGCAGGGCGUGGAUGCCAACGGGCUACAGAAUGGAUCCAUGUACUACCAGUCACCGGAGUGUGCGCGCUGCACGCACCACGAAGGUCUCAACCAGAAGCUCUACCACAACCUUCAGGAAUACGCCAAGCGGUACUCCUGGUCUGGCAUGGGCCGCAUCCACAAGGGCAUCCGGGAGCAGGGCCGCUACCUCAGCAGCCAGCCCUCCAUCCAGAAGCCUGAGGUCUUCUUCCUGCCUGACCUCCCCACUACGCCCUACUUCUCCCGGGACGCCCAAAAGCAUGAUGUGGAGCUGUUGGAGCGGAACUUCCAGGCCAUCCUCUGCGAGUUCGAGACUCUCUACAAAGCCUUCUCUAACUGCAGCCUCCCUCAGGGGUGGAAAGUGAACAGCACCCCCAGCGGGGAGUGGUUCACCUUUGACUUUGUCAGCCAGGGCGUUUGUGUCCCCAGGAACUGCAGGAAGUGCCCACGGACUUACCGCUUGCUCGGCAGCCUCCGGACCUGUAUUGGGAACAAUGUUUUCGGGAACGCCUGCAUCUCAGUACUGAGUCCUGGGACUGUGAUCACAGAGCAUUAUGGGCCCACAAACAUUCGCAUCCGGUGCCAUCUAGGUCUGAAGACUCCCAAUGGCUGUGAACUAGUGGUCGGGGGCGAGCCCCAGUGCUGGGCAGAAGGCCGAUGCCUACUCUUUGAUGACUCCUUUCUCCACACUGCGUUCCAUGAAGGUUCCGCUGAGGAUGGCCCACGGGUGGUCUUCAUGGUGGAUCUCUGGCACCCCAACGUGGCAGCUGCAGAACGUCAGGCCCUGGAUUUUAUCUUUGCUCCGGGACGAUGAGGACAUUGCCUGGGCUGGAGCCAGGCUGAGUGGUAGACUGUGGGGUUACCCACCCUGACCACGCCCUGAUCCGUGCUGGAAGCGUGAAUGGCUUCCUGUCACCAUGGGGCGUCUUUCCUUUGGUUACUAGGAACUUCUUUGGUUUCUUUCCCCUUCCAGCUAUUUGCUGGGACAUCUGGCCUACUAGUGUGUCCCUUUGGAUGUGACCAGAGGCUCUGUGCCUCUCCUGUCCAUGUCACUUUGCUACCUGGUGUCCUCUCCGUGUUCUGGAAUAGAGUAACCAAAUGGCUGUUUUGUCUAAAUGUAAUCAUCUUAAACUUCUGUAGCUGUCUCAAGAGAGAGCAAAACGAAACAACAAACAGAACACCACAGACCAGAAGCCACCGAGCCAGACAGCUUGGCCUCUGAUGCUGAGGUUCCAAGGACCCUUCACUGUCCCAGAGCAAGAGACAGCCUGGACACCCAGUUGGCUUCAUUAUGGGCUUACCAGACACCACCGGGGUGGUGAAUAAGUCAGGGCCCAGUGAAUCAGUCGUUAUCACUGAUAGACCCAAAAUCUAUCAGAGCCCUGGUGGUGGUGACCUGGGCCUUUUCUUUAACCACAUGCUCCUACAGAGCUGAAGACCAGUGAGGGCUCAGGUCAGCCACAGAACAGGGAUCCUCUUAGCUCACUGCCUACAGAGGGCUACUGCCGAGCCUGGCCUGACACAUGCUGCUGCUGCUGCUGCUGCUAUGGUCCACAGAUUGGCAGGAAGCAUGCUGGGUUGGACCUCUGCCACCAACCAUGUGACCAGAGUGUCCACCAAGCUUUGCAGUCUGUUGCCCAAGAGUUGACAUUUAUGAUAUCUGUAUGUAAACUUUCACACGCUAGACUCGGAGACAGCAAAGAGUUAUCGCCAUGUCUGUCAACGCAAUGACUAGAGCCGGCGGGUGUGAUAACACCAGAGACAGCUCCAGAUCCCCAUAUCCACAGACAUGGCGCUGAUUCUUCAGUCUCCAGAGAAGACACACAGUUUUCUUCCCAAAGUGAAGGCCAGCCAAAGGCCCUGAGUCCAGCUGAUGGGAGAACGCAUUCAGCUAGACACUCUUGGGACACACUGGAAGUGGUGGGCCCAUGGGCAUGGUUCCGAGCAGGACAGAAUGGACAGCCUUAUGUACAGGUCUGAUGUUAGGUCCAAAUGCAAAACCAGCCAACUCUAGAAAGUAAUUUGAUGAUGUCAGUCACAAUGGAAGGAAAAAUACCCAGAGAGAAGCAUCAGGCUUCUGAACUUUUGCACUCGGGGUCUCGGGAGAGCCUCUCAAAGUGCAUGAUUCCCACAUAUCCUGACUGUCCCCCACUACAUGCCAAGGACCUGGGUAGGGAGCAGAGAGUAAAUAAAGAGCUUUGCUGACAA